CGGACCUUCUCUUUAGAUCAUUUCACGAUAAUAAAUUUCACAGAUAUCGGUACUGGACAUUUUUCGUUUGCUGCGAUGGGGUAUAGUAUAAAGAUACGGGGGAAACCCAUUCUCCCCUAUAACAAACUUGCCUUUCCCAUUCCACAACUUGAAGAUGUCUGCUUCAACACCACAAAAAUCAACAGCACUUGGCAAUUAUAGUUUUGCGCAUGAUGCGCCAACCCCCCAAAGCAACCAGCACAAUAGCGGUGUCAGCUCUCAGGCUAGUCCGGCGAUGGGAAGCAACGAAUGUGCAUUCCAAAUGCUGGGUCCAAACAACUACAGUUCAUCUGCGUCCUUGCAACACAUUGCGACCACGUCGGACUCGGAUGUGCAUGCUGUCGUCCAUAUGCAUAUGAUGGCAAGUCCCAACAUCGCCCCAUGGGCGUCAGACAGUCCAUCGAGCAGAAAUGCUGUCUCGCAUGGUUUCCCGCAUAAUUCACCAAUCCCUCACGAUAUAGGAGGUGCUGGGUCCAGGACCUCCGGUCAUCCAGCUACGGGAAAUGUCUACAUGUCUUCACAUGCAUCCUCGCUGGGACCGAUCAGCCACACUUCGCCCAUGUCCUCGCAAUGCAAUAUGACUGUCUCGGAUAUGCAUUCCGUCGUACCUAUGAUGGCAAACCCCAACGUUGCCUUGUGGACACCAGGCAAUUUCGGGACUACUGUCUUGCUUAGCCCCUCGCAAAGUGUGCUAUAUCCUCACGAUCUAGAAGGCGUGAACUCCAGUUUUCAGCACCCUCCGAUCCAGUCGGAGCCACCAAUCAAUCAACCAUCUCCCCUCCCCCGUGCCUGCCGAUUUAAAACAGCAUUGGCAUGACAGCCAUCUUCCUGGAUGCCAAGAUGCGAUGAUGCGGUGCCAAUGGGAACACUGCGUGUACCAUAGGCGAGGUGAUCCCUCAAUUAACGUCAUGCUGCGCUCCUCCGUGUGGCGGCAUAUAUCUGAAGUUCAUUUGAUGCAUCGGAGGAAUAACUAGACACUAACUGUAUUUUACUCUGUUUGGACAAGUUGCACGGGCACAACUCGCCUGAUUUUCUGUAACAAUAUCAGUGUACUAGACUAGCCUAACGCAGACAGGACACACAUUAAUGUACUUAUAUAUGAUAGGAACACCUACGACGGGUGAAAAUUUCAUACCUGC